AUGCCGACACGCGUGAUUAUCGACGCUGACCCCGGUGUGGACGACACUGCUGCAAUCCUGCUGGCGCUGGCCAGCCCGGAGUUGGAGAUCGAGGCCGUAACCGCCAUCUACGGCAAUGGCUCCAUGGCCCAGUGCGCGGCCAACGCCCGGCGGAUCCUGGCCGUCGCCGGCCGCAGCGACAUACCGGUGUAUCCAGGAGCUGCCGGCCCGCUGCUACGCAUCCACACGGCGGAUUGGGCCGCGCACAUCCACGGCGACGACGCUCUGGGUGGAGAGGGAGCGCGCAUAGAUUCGGCAGACACGGUCGAUGCUCCGGUGGGCAACCGGGCGGCGGUGGAAAUUGCCCGGCGGGUGCUGGAGUCUCCCGGUGACAUCACCGUACUGGCCCUGGGUCGUAUGACCAAUCUGGCGUUGGCCCUGCGCAUCGCGCCCGAAAUCGCGGUUGCGUUGGCCGUGUGUGGUGACCCCGAAUCGGCGGCAGUUCUCUACGACUCGGGUGUCCCAAUCGUGCAGGUGGGGCUGGAUGUUUGCGAUCGUUGCGGGUUUUCAGACUCCCAAUUGCAUCAACUGAGCCAGUCCGAAGCUCCCGCCGUGCAGCUUCUGGUGCGGGCCACCGGGUUUAUCCAGCAGGCGUAUCGCCGGAUGGGUCGGUUCGCUCAGGGAGAGGCGGCGCGGUACAACGACGUGCCGGCGGUGGCGUACGCCGUAGAUUCCGGAUUGAUGCAAACGACCUUGCUGCCGGUUUCGAUUGAUACGGCCAGCGAUCUGACUCGCGGGCAAACGGUUGUCGACUGGCACGGUGUGACUGGCCGAGCGCCCAACGUGGACGUUUGCCUGGAGGUGGACGCGGCACGGCUCACCGAGAUGGUGGUGGAGCGGUUGAUCAAUCACGACUGGCCUAUCCACUGA